CUCACAGAGAAAAAGGAGCUGACAGGGAGUACUGAGAGAUAAUAUUCCAUGGCCGGCACCUCAAUGGCUGUGAAAGUACUGAUCUUUGUACUGGCUGUCCUCCUCUGCAGCUUCACCUCCCCGGCGCUGGGAGUCGUUCCGGAGGAUUGCCAGGCCGAAUCCGGCGACUGCGUGGACAAGUCCAAGGCUUUGCCACUCAAGAUCAUCGCCAUUGUCGCCAUCCUCGUCACCAGCAUGAUCGGCGUCGGCUUGCCCCUCGUCACUCGCUCCGUCCCGGCCCUGGAUCCCGAACGAGGCCUCUUCGUCGUCGUCAAGGCCUUCGCGUCCGGCAUCAUCCUGGGCACCGGCUUCAUGCACGUCUUGCCGGACUCCUUCGAUAUGUUGUCGUCCAGCUGCCUCAAGGAGCAUCCAUGGCACAAGUUCCCUUUCACCGGUUUCGUCGCCAUGUUGUCGGCCCUUGUUACUCUAAUGGUGGAUGCGCUGGGCACCAGCGUAUAUAUCAAGAGAAACAGCAGCGACGUAAUCCCGGAGAUUGAGAGAGCCGGCCGAGAGCUGGAGUUGGGUAGCGGCGCAGGCCAGUUCCACGGCGGCCACCACCAUCACCACCAUCAUCAAGGUGCUGCAGCAGCUCCCAAGGAAGGAGUCGAUGCCAAAACUCUGCUUCGCUACAGAGUGGUAGCCAUGGUACUGGAACUGGGAAUCGUGGUUCAUUCAGUGGUGAUAGGGCUCUCCUUAGGAGCCUCCAACAACACUUGCACCAUUAAACCGCUGGUAGCCGCCCUCUGUUUCCACCAAAUGUUCGAAGGAAUGGGCCUGGGUGGCUGCAUCCAGCAGGCGGAAUACAAGUCCCUGAAGAAGGCAGUCAUGGCGUUCUUCUUCUCGGUGACGACUCCAUUUGGCGUAGCGCUUGGGAUAGGAUUGGCAAACACGUACAGAGAGAACAGCCCCAGCUCACUGAUCGCCGUCGGGCUACUUAAUGCGUCGUCGGCGGGGCUUCUGAUCUACAUGGCCUUGGUGGAUCUCCUGGCCGCCGACUUCAUGGGUCCCAAGUUGCAGCGCAACAUCAAGCUCCAGAUCAAAUCCUACGUCGCCGUAUUCUUGGGCGCCGGCGGCAUGUCUCUGAUGGCCAAAUGGGCUUGAUUUUAUUUUAUAUAUGAAUCUAUAUAUAAUCAUCUCUCAGACUGCGAGCUAUAUAUAAUCUAUCUCAAGUUUCAGAAUAUAUAUAUAUAUAUAUAUAAUAUACAUAAAUAGAUUCUAAAUUUGGUUUCUGUAACAAAUGCAAUGUAACAUGAUAUUUACAAUUCUCCCGUUAUGUUUGAGAAAAUAAAUUUAUGAGAAGCGCAAUUACAA